CUCAUACGGGCACACCUCACCACCCGGCUGGCAGCUAAACAAUGGAAGGAAGCAAGCCGCCGUUUCUUGCGAUCCAGCCAAGCAAAGAUCUGGGAGGCAAUCUUACAUGUGCCAGUCAACCCGCAAGGCUCACCUCCAUCCUUACGCUACUCUCGUUGCUGCUCCUUUCUUGCGGAGUCGGCAGCAUCCGCUGCUCCUCCUCAACGACGACAAUCCAUGAUAACAGCACGGACAUGAUGUCGCUGCUAGAUUUCAAGCGGGCCAUCACCACAAGUCAAGCCUUGAGAUCUUGGGACCUUGGCAUCCCCCUUUGCGGAUGGAACGGCGUCGUCUGCAGCGGCCUGGAGCACCCGGGGCGAGUCAUCAAGCUGAACCUUGUGAACCUAUCUUUGUCAGGCAUGAUUUCACCAUCCCUCGGGAAUCUAUCAUUCCUUAGGAGACUGGACCUGUCCAUUAAUGGCUUCACCGGCGAGAUACCUCCUCUCAACCGUCUCCAAAGAUUGGAGGACCUUCUCUUGGGACAGAACUCACUGCGAGGGACCAUUCCAGAUACUCUUACAAACUGCUCCAAUCUAUACGAACUAUUCCUGUCUAGCAACUUACUAAUAGGAGAAGUUCCCAGUGGUAUAGGCCGCCUAUCCAAUCUAUUGUUGUUAUUUCUUGGAGGAAAUAAUCUCACCGGAGAAAUCCCACCAAGGCUAAAAAACAGCAGUCAGCUUGAAUACAUCUUGCUUGCUGAUAAUAAGCUCACCGGAACCAUUAUUGAUGAGUUGGGAAAACUCCCAAAUCUUUCUGAAUUAAACCUUGCUGAAAAUAGGCUAUCAUGUGGAAUCCCGGAAACCCUGUACAAAUACAAUCAGUCUUCUCUCAGAUAUCUAUUCUUAGAUUCCAAUAUGCUUGGGAAAACACUGCCAUCUAACUUUGGUGAUACCAUCCUGAAUCUUAAAGUUCUCACAUUGUACGAAAAUAAUUUUGAAGGUCAUCUCCCAGCAUCACUAGGCAAUAUUUCAGGGCUAAAGUGGUUAGACUUGUCAUUCAACAAUUUCGUUGGUCAAGUUCAAAGUUCUUUUGGUAAUCUUGGACUCAUACAACACCUAGACCUUCAGCAAAACAAUUUGAUGGGCUUCAUCCCAAGAGAGCUGAGUGGCUUGCAACACCUCACCAAUCUGUAUCUAUCUGAUAAUAAUUUGGAAGGUGGGGUACCAUGAAACAGUCUUUGUUGGAAAUAUAAGUGAGGCAAGAGCCUUUAUAAGUAUUGGAGGUAACCGGUGGGGAAUCCUUUGGAGGAACACUGGAUCUGCUCCCAUGUCCUACUAUCUCUAGGACAAAAGAUACACAUUAUGUUAUGUACUUACCUGAUGAUGUAGAGUAUUCGUUCUAAUAUUUGGUUUCAUGCCACCCAUACUGUUGAUCUAUUUUAUGCUCACCAGGAUGUCAAGAGCA